GAUCGUUACAUCACUUGUGAGACCCCAAGAGAGGAUGAAACUGAACUGUUUGAGACAGUCAAUGGUGUUCAAGAAGCACAGUGUUAGACAUUCAAAGACGUGUUGUUAAAAAAAAGACAGUUUGCAGAUUUAAUUUUCCACGACCCCCAUCUAGCCGUACCUUUAUUACAAGAGGUGGUAGUCGAGACGAUUUGAAAAGCAGUGAUGGAAAAGAUACUGCACGUACAAUUUUAGAAAAAGUCAAAAAGGCUUUAACAGCUUCUGAUAUGAAUUACGAUUCAACAGAUGCAUUUUUUGAGUCCAUUGGUAUUAACCAAGCUCUCUUCGAGAAAGUGUACACAAAGUGUUCCAAAAAGAAAACCGUUGUCCUGAAAAGAAAUCCAAAAGACAUCUGGGUGAACCAGUAUAAUAAACAUUUACUGCGUGCCUGGCAAGGCAACAUGGAUAUCCAGUAUGUCACUGAUGCUUACUCUGUAGUGGUUUACAUUAUUAGUUACAUCACAAAAGCAGAACAAGAAAUGGGUUUGUUGCUGCAACGUGCGCAAUAUGAAGCCAUGAAUGGAAAUCUUGAAGCGAGAUCAUCAUUGAAAAUGCUUGGUAGUGUAUAUCUUCACAACAGAAAAGUUUCUGCUCAAGAGGCUGUGUAUCGUCUGACCGGUAUGCACUUGAAAGAAUGUUCUCGUAAAGUCCAGUUUAUUCCAGUUGGAUUGAAUCCUGUAAAGAUGAGUUUGCCUCUUCGUGUCAUCAAAAACAAAGUUGAUCAGUCUGGUGAAGAAACUAGCUUUUGGAUGACUAGUCUGGUUGACAGAUACAAGAAUAGGCCAAACACGGAGGAGUUUGAGAUUCAAUGUCUUGCAAGUUUUUGCUCUGAAAACAGGAUGUUGUCAAAAUCGGAGGUUUCUUCACAAAAAAAGUCUUCAGAAGACAAGGUGAUUAAGCUUAACAACGACUGUGGUUAUAUGAUGAAGAGAACUCGAACUGAACCUGCUGUUGUCCGAUAUCCGGGAUUUUCUUCCAAAAAAGAUCCUGAAAAGUACUUUCAUUCAUUGUUGCAACUUUUCUUGCCACAUUACGAAGAUUGUCAGCUCAAGCCUCAGAGUUUUAGCACUUAUGAGGAUUUCUACAACAAUGGUGCUGUGAAAUGUGGAAGAGAUGUGACACAAGUCAAGUGUAUUGUUGAUGCCAAUCGAGCACUGUUUGAAAAGGAAAGUUACAAAAUCGAUCGAGCUCAACAGCUUUUGGAGCAAGGUGUUGAUUUGGAAGAUGCUUGGGCUGCAUUAUGUCCUGAAACCGAAAAGGAACGUCACGAAUGCAUAGAACUAAGGAAGAGUAAUCCAAUUCCUGAUGAAGAUGAUUCUGAGUGUUCUAUUCCAGAUCUUGUAGUGAACCCUCGAACUCCAUACAGUAUUGAAACCAACCAUACUGGAAUGUCUAGAUAAGAGGCAUUGUUU